UAGCUGCAUUUGAGGUUAUUUUUCGUAGGUUCCUUUUUAUUUCGUAUUUAGCUCAUAAAAUUGUAGAACAUUAAUUAAUAGUAAGAUAAAGAAAUAAAAUGGUGUGUGAGAAAUGUGAAAAGAAGCUCGGUCGUGUUAUAACUCCCGAUCCGUGGAAGACGGGAGCUCGGAACACUGUCGAAUCUGGAGGUAGAAAAGUUGGCGAAAACAAAGCUUUAACUGCUAAAAAAGGGCGAUAUAACCCAUACACGUCGAAGUUUCAAGAGUGCAAAAUCUGCCGCACAAAAGUUCAUCAAGUUGGAUCCCACUACUGCCAAGCGUGUGCAUACAAGAAAGGAAUAUGUGCUAUGUGCGGCAAGAAGAUAUUGGACACUUCUAAUUAUAGGCAAAGUUCUACAUAGCCAGUGCACUAUGUAAUUAUAGUCCUAGCCAAUACUAAAUCGUACCAAAUAUCCUAAAGACAUUAACAAACUACUUUAUGCAUCAUCAGAAAUGAUGGAUUCAUCAGACGAAAAUGGAAAAACACUACGUAAAAACGCACAAAGUUCUGAUUCCGUACAAUAUAACAGUGCGGAGCUAGAGAAAGUUAUUUUCCUUCCAAACAAUUCACACAAAUAUAUAAAAACUGCUGAAGUACUAGAUUCUACAAAUGAAGAUGUAGGUAUAGCUAAAGAAGGAUUGAAUUCUGAGCAAAGUUUAAGAGGAAAGGAAGAAUUCAAAUGUGUAGAUGCUUGUAAAGAAGUGCUAUCCAAUGUGUGCGCCGCUCGUAAUUGCAAAGAUAGGGAGCGUCAUAUAUUCGACAAAGAGUGUUUUAGCGCUUGCAAGAGCCGAUUUUAGAAUAAAAAGUAUUUGUUUUUCUUC